AUGGGACCCUCACCGCUCGAGCUGACCCUUGUGGUCGCGGCCACGGCGCGUGACAUGGGCAUCGGAGCCGCUGGCGGGCUGCCGUGGACGGGCCUGCGCAAGGAGAUGGCGUAUUUUGCGCGAGUGACCAAGAGGGGCGAGGGGAACGCGGUGAUCAUGGGGCGCCGCACGUGGGACAGCAUUCCGGUCAAGUUCCGGCCGCUGCGAGGGCGGCUGAACGUGGUGAUCAGCCGGUCGUUUGCGGCGGGCGUGGCCAAGGAGCCAGAGGGCGGGCCAGAGAUGGGCCCAGUCGAGGCAUCGUCGCUAGAGGCGGCGCUGGACUACCUGCGGGGACAGCCAGGCAGCAGCCGGGUGUUUGUGAUUGGCGGAGCGCAGAUCUACGCGGCAGCGCUGAAUCUAGCCGAAGCACGGCGUGUGCUGCUGACGCGCGUGACGACAGACUUUGACUGCGACACACACUUCCCGGUCGUGCUGGGGGGGACAGAGGGCAGAGAGACGGGGUGGCAGCGACGAAGCCGCGAAGAGCACAGCCGGUGGAUCGGCGAGGAGGUGCCGGAAGGCCCGCAGACGGAGAGCGGAACAGAGUACGAGUUUCAGAUGUGGGAGAGAGUAGAUUAG